UCGCUUGCGGGCGAGAUUGGAGGACGUUUCGCUUUUCGGAGUUGAGUUUUGCAACCUGGGUUUUAAGAAUGCCUGAAGGCCCAGAGCUGUUCUCAGCCAGCCGGUACAUCAACGACAUAUGCGACGGGCUCACCUUCUCCGGACGCGUGGAGAAAUCAGAGGUGAGCAAGAAUCCAGAAGUGCCCUUUGAGAGCGAGGAAUACCUGAUCUCUGCCACGUCCCGGGGCAAAGAGCUGAAGCUGACUCUGACGCCGGUCAAACAGGAACGUUCAGCCCCUUACAAAGGGCGGGAUCAGAAGCCGAUGGAUAUCAUUGUCCGGUUUGGGAUGUCAGGCAUCUUCAAGAUGGCUUUGGCCGCUGAGCUCCCCAAGCACGCGCACUUGCGCUUCUACACCAAGGAGAGCUCACCCCGAGCUCUCUGUUUUGUGGAUUACCGGCGCUUCGGGAGGUGGGAAGUGGACGGCUCGUGGCAACUCAACCGUGGACCGUGCGUGAUGCUAGAAUAUGAGAAAUUCAGGGAGAAUGUACUGAAGAAUAUAUCCGAUAAAGCAUUCAACAAGCCCAUCUGCGAGGCUUUGCUCAACCAGAAGUUUUUCAACGGUAUCGGCAACUACCUGCGGGCCGAAAUCCUCUACAGGUCAAAAAUCCCUCCCUUUGAGAAGGCACGGACCGUUCUGGAGAACUUGGAACAGAACUCCGCCGUGACGCUCAGCCGAAAGGUGAAGCUCAAACGGGAGAAUCCAGAUUUACUGGAGCUCUGCCACUUGGUGCCCACCGAGGUCAUUCGUCUGGACACCAAAGGCUACAACCAGGGGAACUCUGACUAUUACCUGACCCUUAAACAGUGGUUUCAGUGCUACAACGUUCCUGGCAUGAAGUCUCUGCAGGAUGCGAACAGCAGGACAAUCUGGUUCCAGGGAGAUCCUGGACCAUUGGCCCCGAAAGGGGGAAAGUCACGGAAAAGACAGUCGCGAGCAAAAGAGGAACCAGAGGUAUCCAGUCCCAAGGUAACAAAGCCGAGGGCGAGAAAGAACUUGAAGACUGGCACUCACGAGGAAGGUGCUGAUGAAAUACAAGCAAAGAAGAAGAAUAGGGGCAAAUCUGCCCAAGGAAAGGCAGAGGACGCUGGAGGAGCUGGCACCAGGAACCCGACCACCAGGGCUAGGAGAAAGGCCCUUGUCUCACAGAGAUCUCCCACGGUUGCCUCCGCAGCAGAAUCCCGCAACAGGCGAGCUUCUGCUCGGAAGAAUGCAGCCUCACCUGCCGUUACCACUAGAGCCCGACGUUCUAAGGCCAAAAAGGAGCCCUGCUGACAAAACCAUCCCUUCUUGGAAGCUCCAUCCCGGGAGACGAAUGCUUUGCCUCAUCGCCAAUGCAGCUUGAUUAGGGAAUCCCCUUCUGUGACAAGCAAAUUAUGAAAAAUUUUGCUGAUUCAAGAACUCCUGCUCUGGGUUCCUGGCUUAGGGGCUGGGGACUGAGUAUAAAAGCAUUCCAUGCUGUUGAGUCCCGCUAUGAAUUCACACCUCGGGUGUAGAACUAUUACUACUGAACACAUUAGGAUCUCCGUGCUCACACCAAAGCAGCGACAGAGGAUGGUGAUACUAAUUUGGGAUUGUUUUCGGCUAUAAUCUCAUGCUGACGCAGGACUGUGGCUGGGUUCCCUGCAAGGGAGUGGCACAGCUCUCUGCAAGAGUCUUGCAACUUUGGAAGGAAGUUGUGUUGCCUGUUAGCAUAGCCAAGAAUCCAAUAGUGCCUUCCCUUCAUUUCCAUCCCAAGAACUGAACACACCUUCUCUGCCACGGGGAGAUGUGUUUUUAUAUGAAAUCAGGUUAUGACUUUUUGAGACCGAACCAGGAUGCCGAUUCUUUGCGCUGACAAUCGGAUCGGGACCCAUGCACAAAGUGCAGCGUCUCCUCCUGUGCGCCGGUUCGGUUCAUUGUGAUAUCAAAUCAUCUGAAAACCUUGCUACGUACAAUACUAGGACUAGGCAGAUAAAUUUUAUGGAAAGGAAGUUAAGGAGAAAGAACAGGAAUAAUAGGCCAGCCUCGUUUAAGGACUUCACCACCUGCUUACAUAUGGCAUGUGACCUCAAAACAAAAUUUUUCACUGUGGCAAGUUAUUUCUGAAGAAAGAUCAGAGAGAAGCAGGGAGAUAUAGAACUGCUCUGAUUAUUCUGGGGAGUUUACUAACUCUGGCAUGAUAUAUUGUGAGCGAAUGUCCUUGAGCGUUGUGUUUUUUCAGGGGGGAGCAACUGUUUCUCGUAAUGAAGCGAGCCACUUGAAACUGCAGUUCCAGCGGAGCUGAUGGGCGGAACCAGGGGUAGAAUUCUAACAGAAAUCUCCUUUGCAUAUUAGGCCACACACCCCUGAUGUAGCCAAUCCUCCAAGAGCUUACAAGGCUUUUUUGUAAGCUCCAGGAGGAUUGGCUACAUUGAGGGGUGUGGCCUAAUAUGCAAAGGCGCUUCUGCUAGGACUCCACCCCCGGGGCAGAACUACAAACCUUCCAUUCCAAAAGGAACAGGAUCUGAUUGACUUACGUGUACCCGCCUCUAGUCUUGUCCCGGAAGUACUUUUUUAAUAGUUACUUUGAUCAUAUGCUUUGCUGCCCUCUUCUCUUGGUGACUGUACCUUUUUAAAAAUUGCUUUCUGGGGAUAUAAUUUUUGAUACGAAUAAAAAUGUUAUUUUUUUUCACAGAAA